AUGAGCACAUGGGACUAUGGUUAUGGCACAUGGGCGUAUUGGUGGUGGGACGUCUACAGGGAUGAAAAAGUGAACAAAGUGAAGGAUGGAAAAUGUUCUCAAAAUUCAUUUCUACAAAUCAUAUUUCCAGAGAAAAUUCAAGCAAAUACAAGUAACAAUUCAAAAAUAGAAAAUGAACAGAUAUCCUAUAUUAUUCCAAUAGAUGAGAAACCAUAUAUUGUGCACCUUAAGCAAAGAUUAUUUUUAGCAGAAAACUUCAUGGUUUAUUUAUAUAAUCAAGGAUCUUUGACUUCUCAUCAUUCAGAAAGUCAGACUCAGUGCUACUACCAAGGAUAUAUUGAAGGAUAUCCAAAUUCUGUUGCCACACUCAAUACAUGCUCUGGACUGAGAGGAAUACUGCAAUUUGAAAAUGCAUCAUAUGUAAUCGAGCCUCUGGAAUCUGAAGUUGAAUUUCAGCAUCUUCUUUAUAAAUUAAGAAACGAAAACAACGACUCUGCAAUUCUUACUCUAAAUGACCAAGGGAUGGAGCAAAACCCAAUGGACUACAACAUUUUUAUAAGUGGAAAGCCAGAGCCAGCUGUUUCAGAUUUAACUCCACUUUAUCUAGAAAUGCAUAUUGUGGUGGACAAAAUUUUGUAUGAUUUCUUGGGCUCUGAUGGCAUGAUUGUAACAAACAAAGUCAUUGAAAUUAUUGGCCUUGUAAAUUCCCUGUUUGCCCAAUUUAAAGUUACUAUUGUGCUGUCAUCAUUGGAGUUGUGGUCAGAUAAAAAUAAGAUUUCUACAGUUGGAGAGGCAGAUGAAUUAUUACAUGCAUUUCUAGAAUGGAAAAAGUCCUAUCUUACCCUAAGACCUCAUGAUAUCGCCUAUCUUUUCAUCUAUAGGGAAUAUCCAGAUUAUGUGGGAGCAACAUUUCCUGGAAAGAUGUGUGUUACCCAACAUUCUGCAGGAAUUGUUUUGUAUUCCAAGAAGAUAACUUUAGAGGCAUUUUCAGUUAUUGUCACCCAAAUGCUGGGACUCAGUCUUGGAAUAUCAUACGAUGAUCCAAAGAAAUGUCAGUGUCCAGGAGUCGUUUGCAUAAUGAACCCAGAAGCUAUGCAAUUCAGUGGUGUGAAGAUGUUUAGCAGUUGCAGUUUGAGAGACUUUGAAAAUUUCCUUUCAAAUAUGGGAGCCAAAUGUCUGCAGAAUAAGCCACAAAUGCAAAGUGCUAAGCAGUACACCUGUGGCAAUGGCAAAGUGGAGGGCCAAGAAACCUGUGACUGUGGCACCAUUCAACAAUGUGCAGGUAAUGUCUGUUGCGACCCUCUGACUUGUCAGCUGAGACCUGGAGCACAGUGUGAUAAAGGACGGUGUUGCAAGAAGGACUGUAAAUUUCAAAGUCCAGGAUAUGAAUGUAGGCACAGAGUGCAUCCUGAAUGUGAUAUUUCUGAAUUUUGUAAUGGAACCUCAGCCCAAUGUGAACCUGAUAUUACUAUACAUAAUGGACGUUUAUGCAAAAAAGGAAAAUUCAUGUGUUAUGAUGGAGACUGCCAAGAUCUUGAUGCACGUUGUGAGUCAAUAUUUGGAAAAGGUUCAAAAAAUGCUCCGUUUUUCUGCUAUGAAGAAGUACAUUCUCAAAGUGAUAGGUUUGGGAACUGCGGUUUUGCAGACAACAAAUAUGUAAUGUGUAUGUGGAGGAAUCUUAUGUGUGGAAGAUUAGUUUGUACCUACCCUACUCGAACUCCUUUCCAGAAAGAAAAUACUUCUGUGAUUUAUGCUUAUUUACGAGAUACUGUUUGUAUAACUGCAGACUACAGAGUGUCUAAUCCACAGAAAGAUCCAAUGAUAAUACGAUCUGGCUCUGUUUGCGAUACUGGAAGAGUUUGUGUUUCUACUCAGUGUGUGGAAGCAAGGUGGAUUGAAUAUCAAGAAAGGGAUUGUACAAAAAAGUGCAGUGGAAAUGGAGUGUGCAAUUCCAAAAAGCAAUGUCAUUGUUUUGCUGGCUACAAACCUCCCAAUUGUGCAAUAUAUGGCAGAACAUCUUCUGAAUUGCCUGGAAAACAUGGUUUAAUCAUGGAAAGAACUUUGGGGAAUAGCCCAUGGAUUCUAAUUGUUUACACGGCUUUACCUGUUCUCACCAUAGGAAUCAUAAUAGCUGUCUCAUGGAAUAGUCUGAAAAAACGCUUCACCAAGGAAGAGGAAUCCAUAAGUAGCGAAACAGAAAGCAGCACUCACACAUAUGCCAGCAGCUCCAGAUCAGAAAGCAGCGAUCAAACAGAUAUUACCAGAACCAGGUCAGAAGUUAGCACCCAAAUGGACAUCAGCAGAUCUAAAUCACAGUACAGCACUCAGACACCUGAAAGCAGUAACUAGUAAUUCCUUCAGAAGCCAAAGAAUAGUACAAGAGUUUCAUGGAGAAGUGAAAAUACCACCUUUGUUCCCCUGGUCAUAACUCAAGAAAACAAUAAACCAAAUGUGGACUGAUUUGCAAGCUUGCAUUUGUUUUUUCACCCCCAAAACCCCAUUCCUGUAGAUAAGCAUCCCUACAUGGCUCCUGAAUUCUUCUGUAUAGCUCUCCUAACAUACACUUAGGGUUGCUGCUUCAGGUGCUAAGUACUCAGGAAGGAUUUGGGCUUGGUGGGCCAUGUUCCUCUAGCAAAUCCUCUUACCUAACUUGGUUGACUUCAUACAGAUCUCAGUAGAUCCAGGUAUUUGUUUAUGUCACUCUUUCCAAAACCCCUAUCUGUGCUUCUGAGGGAGCUAUGUUUCUUUGAAAAUGUUCUAUGUGCACUUGAGAAGAAUGUG